CAUUACCCAAACAAAUGAUUUAUGUUGUGUGAAAACUACUGAAAUAUAUUUAUGAUCAGUUUGAUGUAUUACACAGUGCACAAACUUUCCAAUGUCAUUAAACUUACGUACCUCAUCUUUUGGCGCUCAGCAAAACUGCAGAUGUCCAGGAGAUAGACUGUGCUGAAAUCUGACAGAUAUAUAGAACCGUCCUGAAACAAUGAGAAGCUAGCCGUGAGAAAGCAAAGGUUUUAUACAAGUUUAUCAAGUAGAUAUUGGAAAUUGGAUAUUAGGAGCUAAAGUUCAAGGUCGUUUGGAGAUUUAAGGUCGCGAAGUCAGUUGACUAAGAGACAAUGCAUUUGUUUGUGUUGUUAGCCUACUUUGUGUUAACAUGCUCGGGUUAUGGGAAUAUGCUUGGUGCCCCUAAAGAAAUACCACCAGAUGAAGACACUUUUAAAACUUUAGGUCAGGAAUUGCAGAGAGUGGCACAAAAGUUUAAUCGCGUACAGGGACUUCAAAACCUCCAUGUCGUAACCAAGGUGGUUUCGGGCACCAAGUACACAUUAUUUGUUGAAUUUUCCCCGACAUCAUGCAAGACUGCCACUUCCAGUGACUUUUUAGCUGUUGAUACUGCGCUUUUUGAUCAAGGUUCAUGUGGAAUUCUUGGUGGAGAGUGUGCAAGGUAA